GUGUAUGUUGUGUUUGAAAUACAACAAGAACCAGUUGAUCAAGGGAGGAGUUGGUUUUAUAAACAGCGAACGAGGUCAUUGCACAAGCAAAGUGUUGCUGGCAUCGACACUUUGGCAAAAUGGCAGACAACAAGUACUGUGUCGAACAUGCAACCACGGGUCGGAGUUCGUGCAAAGGAUGCAAACAGAAGAUUGAUAAAAGUGCUUUGAGAAUUGGCAAGGUCUCAACUAAUCCAUUCAGCGAUGACGGUGGUGAAAUGAAGGUAUGGUACCAUGCCAAGUGCAUGUUUGAUGCGCUGACAAGAGCCAGGGCAACGACGAAGAAAAUCGAGAGUCUGGAUGAUCUGGAUGGCAGUGAUGCGCUGAACAGCGCUGAGCAAGCUGAACUACAGAAGAUGAUUGACAGCCUGAUGUCUAUGAUCAAGAAAGGUGCCAAGGUACCAGGCGGUAAGAAGGCAGCAGUUCAAACCACACUGACAGGCGCUACCAAGUCUCCCGGGUCCUCGGCGGCUAGCUCAGCUGCUGUCUCAUCAACAGCCGGUGCAGCAGCGGCAUCUUCAUCUGCCUCUUCUGAUGCUGCUGCACGGGACAACAGCUUACGCAAGUUCCGCCGCUUGUGUCUAGACCUGGAAGGAGAACCAUCCUACACAGCCAAGACGAAGCUGAUCUCAAACUACAUCAAGAACGGGAAGUUCCACGGCGACCACUACAUGCUUUUCAAGACACUGUUGCCGAAUAUGACAAAGCGGGUAUACCACCUGAAGAACAACAGCUUGAUCAAGGUCUUUAGCCAAGUCUUUGGAGCUGACCUGGAUGACAUGACUGAAGACUUGGAACAGGACGGAGAUGUCUCCGAAACUAUUCGUCGCUUUUUUGCAUCGAGUGACGUUUGUCCUCCUGCAGCAAGCAGUGCUCUGUCACUCCAUGAGGUUGACCGAUUCCUUGAUGAUCUCACGCAAGUGUCCAAGGAACGUGAUCAACAAGUCGUGCUGACACGCAUCGCGAAAAGAUGCACUGCUAAUGAUCUCAAGUACAUCAUCAGGCUCAUCAAGCAUGACUUACGAAUCUUUGCUGGAGCCAAGUGCAUAUUGGGUGCACUCGAUGAGAACGCCUAUGCUGCAUUCCAGGCAUCUCAAGACCUGGCUGAUGUUGUACGUCGCUGUUUGGGUCGCCAAUCGGGAGUGACAUCACCGACCGCCGCGUCUGGUGGAGGAAGUGCUGACAGCUCGCCUACACCAGCAAUGCCCGGUAUGAAGAAAGCACUUAGCAUUAAGACUCAGCUGAUGACUCCCAUCAAGCCGAUGCUGGCGGAGGCAUGUCGCUCAGUAGACAUGGCCAUGAAGAAAUGCCCCCAUGGAAUGUACGCAGAGAUCAAGUACGAUGGAGAACGUGUACAGAUGCACAAGAGUGCCGACAAGUUUGAGUUCUACAGUCGCAGUCUGAAGCAGGUUAUGCCACACAAGGUCGCUGAUGUGAAGGACUUUGUGCCCAAGGCAUGUCCACAUGGUCACUCCAUGGUCCUUGAUGGAGAGGUCCUGUUGGUUGACACCCAGACUGGCAAGCCGCUGCCAUUCGGCACACUUAGUGCCCACAAGAAAACACACUUCCAGAAUGCGAGCGUCUGUAUCUUCAUCUUUGACUUGCUAUUCUUCAACGGUGAAUCAUUAGUGAACAAGACUCUUCAGGAACGCCGCCAGCUGUUGAGUAAGAACGUCACGGAGAUCAAGAAUCACAUUCAACUCUCUGAGAUGCACCUCGUCAAGAAGAGAGGAGAUCUAUCUCACCUCAUUGCACGUGCCAUCAAUGAGGGCCUGGAAGGACUGGUUCUCAAAGACACACAGGGUGUCUAUGAGCCAGGCAAGCGUCAUUGGCUGAAGGUCAAGAAGGAUUACCUGGCGGAUGGAGCUAUGGCUGACACUGCCGACUUGGUUGUUCUUGGAGCUUACUACGGCACUGGCAGCAAAGGUGGCCUAAUGUCUGUUUUCCUGAUGGGUUGCUGGGAUCCGGCAACAUCAAAGUGGAAGACGGUAUGUAAGGUUGGCAAUGGCUUUGAUGAUGCCAAGAUUGCCAAGCUGCAGAAGGAGCUCAAGAUGACUGCCAUCCACAAGGAUUCUACUCGUGUCCCGGCAUGGCUGGAUGUGAAAAGCCAACACGUUCCUGACUUUGUCAGCGCUGAUCCGAAGGCAUCUCCAGUGUGGGAAAUCACUGGUGCUGAAUACAGUACAUCUCAUCACCACACUGCUGGAGGCAUCUCUAUUCGAUUUCCACGUGUCACGCGCGUCCGUGAUGACAAGGACUGGAACACCGCCACUAACCUUGACCGGCUGAAGAAACUUGUUCAGGUCUCCAGCUCCAAGAAUGACAUGGCAUUGACCAAGAAGCUUCUCGGCGAGAAAGAUGCAGAUGAAGAUGAAGACCAGGGGGAGGAUGUUCCCUUCUUCACCUUCAACGGGGGUGCAACAGGUGGAGUUGCUGCGUCUUCUACAUCUGGUGCAGCGGCCGUUGCGGUGUCUUCUACAUCUGGUGCCGCGGCCAUUGCGGUGUCUUCUUCGACUGCUUCAAUCAAGACCGACACACCAAUGGACGCUAGCGACAGUACUAGUGCCACCGAGGCUAAAACUUUAAAGAGAAAGCGUGAGGUGGAUGAUGAGGACAGCGAAGAUGAAACGUUUGCUAAACGCUUGAAGCCAAUGUGCCAGUAUGGCGAGAAGUGCUACCAGACAAAUGCGAAACACCUUGCCCGAUUCCGCCAUCCAUCAGAUCCAUCGCCAACGCUAGACUGGUCUGUCAAGAAGCCGCUGCCGGAUUAUUUCUCAGACGUGACAGCCAAGGUUCACACAAGCUUGCUUCCGGCCAAGGAGAUCCAGCGACACAUUGUCGCGUACGGUGGCAAAGUCGUGAAUGGAACUGGAGCAGCUGAUGCCACACAUUUCAUAACCGAAGUUGAGACGACAUCGCCAGAGAACGCAGUGCCUGUCACUCCUGCCUGGGUGUGGGAUUCAAUCAAGGCAACUAAGUUGCAGAACCCAGAGCAAUACAAACCAGCAUAAUCUAGAAACCUCUUCACUUGUUCCAUUCAUUCGACAAAGCAAAAGACACACGUUUUAUACUUUUUUUUACAAAUAGGAAAUCUUGGUACUGCAGUGUCACUGACCUGAACCAUUCGAAUUCUGAAUUUUUAGUAUUUUGCUCACCAUAUUCCUGAUAUUUACUGAUAAAAUGUCAUGCCCUAGAAAUCAGUGAUUUGAUCAAAAAAAUGUUCACCCUGCGUUUGCAGCAUGUCGCGACUUAUGAACAUGUUCUGUCAUUCUAUUAUCCAUGAAAUGUGUUACAGUGACUUGUAUAUGAAUCACAAAUCACAAAAAGAAAUCAGAAUCUAUAUUUUUCUGCUGCUCAGUUGGCAAAUCUCACUUAUUUCCGAAUAUUAUAGCAUGCAGCGCCUGUUUAGUGCUUCAUCUCAGCAUAGACAUAAAACAUUAGCGGAUUCUUCUCCUUACAAACAUUAUAUCCAUGUACCUUUUUCUCCGGCCGUGCUGGUGCAUUUCUCUGUAAUUAGUUAGUCUGUACUGAUUUAGUACGUGUAUGUGUUGUCUAUUUGCCGUUGGCAAUAUUUUAUACAUUAAUUUUAUUGCUGUAGUUUUAACACUUGGCCCAUAGCAUGCAGGAUCUCUGUUCUUCCCCAUGCCUUUAAUUGCUAACGGCUUGCUUCAUUGUUCUUCAUGGUUUGCUUGUGUUGAAGCACAGCACACGUUUCCCUGCCCGCAUGUACAGUGAUAAAGCCAUGCUGCAGUUUAGCAUUGGCUGCGCAUGUGUUGCUCAGUGCUGCACCCUAGUGCAGUGCCCGGUGCAUGAAGGAAUACAUUUUCCUUUGAUUUGCAAUACGAUGGUAUUCUUGUAGAAAAUGUGCUUGCAUCAAUAAACAAUCCUAACGACCA